GGUUUGAUUGGCACCCCGGCAAAAAGGACAUGUUUUUUGACAAAAUAAAAAAAAAUUAAAUGCGAAAAAAAAGUAAAUAAAAAUGGCUUUCAAUCAAUUUAUGCAUCCUCGUAAUAUUUAUCGCAAAAAACUUGAUUACGAUCAUUUGGGUCGUGAAUAUCCUGAAUUUGGUCAACAUGUUUGUCAUGAUGAAAAAGGAAAAUCUUAUAUCGAUUAUAGUGAUAUUGUCGUAUUACGAUCGUUAACAAAAACAUUAUUGAAAAAUGAUUUUCAUUUGGAUGUUCAAAUACCCGAACAACGACUUGUACCAACAAUACCGAUGCGUUUGAAUUAUAUUCUUUGGAUUGAAGAUCUUCUUCAACAUUGUCGUUUAUUUUAUCAAAUACAAGGUAUCGAUAUUGGUACUGGUUCAUGUUCAAUUUUUCCAUUAUUAGCAACAAUUUUAAAUCCUGAUUGGAGAUUUAUUGCCACCGAAAUUGAUCCAAUCAAUCUUGAUUAUGCUAAUAAAAAUGUUACUAAUAAUAAUUUAAAUGAUAAAAUUAUAAUUUAUGAUAAUCGUAAUAUUGAUACCAUCUUCAAACAUCUUGUACAGAAUUCUCAUUUUACUUUUGUUAUGACUAAUCCACCAUUUUUCGAAGAUACAUUCAAUGAUUCAUUUGAAAAUAUAAAUGAUAAAAAACCAAAUGAUCGUAGAAUAACGUUUCAUCAACGAAAAACAAAUUCUGCAUCAUCCGAUGAAGCUAUUUGUGAUGGUGGUGAGCUUGUAUUUAUCAAACGAAUUCUCGAUGAAAGUUUACAGACAAAGAAAUUGGUUGAUCUUUAUACGGUAAUGGUUGGUCGUAAGAAAACAUUUCUUGAAUUAAAAUAUUUACUUAAAGAUAUGAUAAAAAACAAGACAUUGGCUAGUUUUGCUCAUACCGAAUUAUGUCAAGGUAAUACAAAACGAUGGGCAUUAGCUUGGACAUUUGAUGAACGAUUCAAUCUGGCCAAUUCACCAAAAAUAUUACAAUCCAAACCAAAACCAUUGAUACAUUAUCUGGAUCAGGAUAUAAAAGCAUGUGAUUAUAAAAUUGAAUCUAUUGGAAAUUAUAUCGAAAAUUUAUUAUUAAACGAUUUACAUAUCGAACAAUUUCAGAUAAUCAAAUUGAAUAAACGUAUUGAAUUCGAUAUUAAAUCGAAUGAAGCAAAUUGGAAAAAUCAACGUCGUAAACGAAGAGAAAAAUUAUCAAAAGAAUUAAUGGAAAAAAUUGCCGAAGAUGAUUUCAUUGCCGGUAAACGGUCAUUAGAUGAUGAUGAUGAUAAUAAUCAUAAUUCAAACAAAAAAUUUUCACAAUCAAAUGAAUUAUGUAAAACAAAUCUAACAUAUCUAUUACAUUGUUCCUUGAUAAUCAAACGUGAUAAACAGGAUAUUUUGAUCAAAAUGGAAACAAAACAAAUGUCACAAAACAAAUCGGCAACAUAUGAAUUGUUACAAUAUUUUAAAAAUAAAUUAACAUAAAAGUAUUAUUGUUGACAAGAUAAUAAAUCUUUUGUAAUAUUAAAAUUGAAAUCAAUUUCGGAA